UUAGCUCUGCAUAAAAAUCUCAAUCUUUCCUUUGUUUUUAUUGAGCUUCAUGUCUUCCUCUUCAAUGGCGUUGGUACAGAGUUCGAUUCCCGGUUCGUCUGCGGUUCGAUUGAGCUUCUCAAACUCAAUGCCGCCACCGUCGAAGAUGAGUCAAGUCGUUGUCCCUAUGGUGAAAGGCUGGAGAAGGGAUUCGUGUCGGAGAAGGGCGUUGUUAAGAGCAAUGGUGGUGGAGGAAACAGUUCAAGGGUCUCCUUCAGUUUACGCCAGAGAUAUGGAGAGGCUCUCUGCUAAGGAAUCUCUGCUUCUAGCCUUAAAAGAUGCUGGAGGCUUUGAGGCUUUGGUUACAGGGAAAACAACGAGCAUGCAAAGGAUCGAUGUCAACGAGAGGAUAACGAGUUUAGAGCGGCUUAACCCUUCUCCUAGACCAACUACGUCUCCUUGCUUCGAAGGUAAAUGGAACUUCGAGUGGUUUGGCUCUGGAAGCCCUGGCUUACUAGCUGCUCGGGUUAUAUUCGAGAGGUUUCCUUCAACGUUGGCUAACCUCUCAAGGAUGAAGAUAGUGAUUAAAGAUGCUAACGCAAAGGCCACUGCAAAUAUCAAACUACUAAACUCGAUAGAAAGCAAGAUCAUUCUGUCAUCGAAGUUGACUGUGGAGGGACCUCUGAGACUGAGAGAAGAAUAUGUGGAAGGUAUGGUUGAGUCCCCAACGGUCAUUGAAGAAGCAGUUCCUGAACAGCUUAAAGGCGUAUUGGGUCAAGCCACCACAACGUUGCAGCAGCUUCCUGAUCUUAUCAAGGAUGCUUUAUCCAGUGGUCUAAGGAUUCCCCUGAGUGGAUCCUUUGAAAGAUUCUUCAUGAUAUCUUAUUUGGAUGAGGAGGUUCUUAUAGUAAGAGAUACUUCAGGAGUGCCUGAAGUUCUAACGAGGUUGGAGACACCGCCAUCAAACGUUGUGGAAGCUCUUUGAAUAUGAUAUAGUUAGAUGUUACUAGCCAUUGUUCUUAUGUUCCUUCUGUGUUCUUACAAGAACCAACAACUAAGUUGAGUCCGUUUAAAAUGAAUAACCUUUUUUUUUUUUGAUAAAAAAAUGAAUAAUUUUAAACAUCUACUUUUGUUUAA